AGUAUCGGUGACGUACACAGGAAGUGUUGCGUUUCUGUGUUUAAGACAUCUCAAACUGAAGUGUUGAUACUCUCCGAAUGGCGUUCCAGAUUUAACGUCUAAACUUACCAAACCUUAUUUGAACUCCAUACAAGUCGUUGAAGAUGCCGAAGGUUGUAUCAAGAAGCGUUGUAUGUUCGGACACGAGAGACAGAGAAGAGUAUGACGACGGAGAAAAGCCUCUUCAUGUCUACUACUGUCUGUGCGGUCAGAUGGUUUUGGUGUUGGACUGCCAGUUGGAGAAGUUACCCAUGAGACCCAGAGACCGAGCCAGGGUCAUCGACGGGGCUAAACAUGCCCACAAGUUCUGCAAUGUGGAAGAGGAUGAAAACGCGUACAUUAAACGAGCCGAGGGCAUCGAGAGGCAGUACCGGAAGAAAUGCGGCAAAUGCGGACUGCUGCUUUUCUACCAGCACCAGGAGAGGAACAACCCGGCCACUUUUAUCGUGGACGGAUCGGUGGUUAAAUUCGGCCAGGGCUUUGGCAACACCAGCGUUUACAGCCAGAAGCAGCCGGAAGCUCCGAAGAAGGUCCGUGUGAUGAUGACAAAGCGGACCAAAGACAUGGGAAAGUUCAGCUCCGUCACAGUGUCCACCAUCGACGAGGAAGAAGAGGAGAUCGAGGCCAGGGAAGUGGCGGACUCUUACGCACAGAACGCAAAGGUGAUCGAGAAGCAGCUGGAGAGGAAGGGUAUGAGCAAGAGGAGACUGCAGGAGCUGGCUGAGCUGGAGGCCAAGAAGGCAAAGAUGAAGGGUACCCUCAUUGACAACCAGUUCAAGUAGGAAAUACAAAGAGAGGCAGGGGUUGUCUUGGACUAAAAGGGACUGUUCACCUGUGGAGACCCUCACCCACAGUGGGUGCUGCAUCUCUACUGAAGCCCUCUUCUGUGGAGGGUCUGGACAAGACAUUGACAUAUUAAUACAGAACUGAUUAUGUUUGUUAAAAGUGUUAUUUUGUACAAAGAUUUGAGUUGAAAUAAACAAGUCUGGUGUUUUUUA